AUGGACAAGUCCUUCCUGCUGGGUCUCCCCACCCUGCUCUGCUGCUUUAGAGUACUCUCUGGGUCAUUUUUAGACAGAGAAUAUUCACAUGCAACCCACUACCUUAGUCUGAACAAAAAUAUUCUUCCUGAAAUUAUCCAGUGCAGGAUGUGCCACCUCGAGUUUCCAGGAGACCAGUGCUUCAAAGGCAGAGGGAUAUGCACUGCAGUGGGAGAAGAGGCUUGCAUAACUGGGAAGAUUUUCAAAAAUGACGGGAGGCUCUGGUUAAUCUUCAGGGGCUGCCUGAAGAACUGUGCUAAUGUGGACCACAUAAGAUGGAGCAUCUACCUGGUGAACUUCAGGUGCUGCAGAAGCCACGACCUGUGUAAUGAAUCGCUAGGCAUCACUAGCCCGUCCGAGGCUCCAAACUCUAUGUGA